AUGAGAUCCACCCCUGAGAGCAAAAAUCGUUCUGCGGCUUCUUCCUCAUACUCUUCUGUACUCAAGAUCAACAUCAUCCACCACGUUUUUCUCAUCAUUCAGUCAGGUGUUCAUGGCAUAAAUGCACUUCACAAAUACAAAUACAGUGGAAUUGAUCACUCUUAUCUUGCAAAAUAUGUCCUACAACCAUUUUGGAGUCGAUUUGUUACUUUCUUCCCUCUUUGGAUGCCGCCCAAUAUGAUAACACUAACAGGCUUCAUGUUCUUGCUCAUCUCCGCAUCACUUGGCUAUAUAUACUCACCUCAAUUAGAUUCUCCACCACCAAGAUGGGUUCACUUUGCUCAUGGAUUACUCCUCUUCUUGUACCAGACUUUUGAUGCUGUUGAUGGAAAGCAAGCUAGAAGGACAAACUCAUCUAGUCCAUUGGGAGAGCUUUUUGAUCAUGGAUGUGAUGCACUUGCAUGUGCAUUGGAAGCAUUGGCUUUUGGAAGCACUGCUAUGUGUGGAAGAUACACAUUCUGGUUUUGGGUGAUUUCAGCUGUUCCUUUUUAUGGAGCAACAUGGGAACAUUACUUUACAAACACAUUAAUCCUUCCAGCAGUAAAUGGACCUACAGAGGGUCUCAUGCUGAUCUACGUGGCACAUUUCUUCACUGCUAUAGUUGGUGCUGAAUGGUGGGCACAAGAUGUUGGGAAGUCUAUUCCCCUUUUGGGUUGGGUUCCUUUUAUAGAUGGAAUCCCUACAUAUGGAGCAGUUUUGUUUUGUAUGAUAGUAUUUGCAGUUAUACCAACACUCACAUUCAAUGUGCAGAAUGUUUACAAGGUUGUACACAUGAGACAUGGAAGCAUGCUAAAGGCCUUGGCUAUGCUUGUCCCAUUUGGUGUACUCUUGGCAGUAGUUCUUCUGUGGGAUUUUAUGUCUCCAUAUGAUUUGAUUGGGAGUUACCCACAUAUGGUUGUUAUGGGAGUUGGAUUAGCAUUUGGGUUCCUUGUGGGAAGGAUGAUAUUGGCUCACUUGUGUGAUGAGCCUAAGGGAUUAAAAACUAGUAUGUCCAUGUCCUUGUUCUAUCUCCCGCUUGCUAUUGCAAAUGCACUCACUGCCUUGUUGAAUGAGGGAAUUCCCCUAAUUGAUGAGAAAUGGGUUCUGCUAGGUUUCUGUCUAUACACAGGUGCACUGUAUCUACACUUUGCUACAUCAGUUAUUCACGAAAUCACAACAGCACUUGGAAUCUAUUGUUUCAGGAUCACAAGAAAAGAGGCUUGAGAAAUUUGAUUGCAGAAAAUUCAUGUGUAUCCUUACUGUGUUUUUGGUGCGACUUUUGCUACACACUUGAUGUUUUUUUUUUGGUAGGAAAAAUUUACAGUUUAAUCGUUUAGUCUGCUUUUGCAUUUUUUUUUUUUACUAUAAGCUGUAAGGUUACUUUUUAUGAUGUGGUGCUUUUGGGAAUGGAAUCACACUUUCCCCCAAUCUCCAAAAUGAUUGUGCA